UUCUUGUUCCUAUUCAGUUUCAUUGACAAGUUAUACCUUUCAGCUUCGGGUAGGGAAGGGAAUUAGAGGGAAAUGAGAGCUAUAAUAAUAACACCUUCUUCAUCUUCGUCAUUAUUCAUUUAUUAAUUAAAUAUUUUUUAUUCUCUCUGUUCAAAUUUCAUUACUUGUAUAAUAAGGUGUCCUUUUUCCUUUCUGGGGUCUUAUCAAUUUGUCUUCAUCACUCUUUUCUUUUUUUAGUUCAAGAGUACAGAACUUUUUGUAUAGAACUUGGUUUGGUUUGGUUUAGUUUGUUCCAUUCUUUCAUUCAUUUGGUUCAAUAAGAUCUUGGGCUGGUAUCAAAAUCUGGUUUUUUGAUUUUUUGAGGAGCUUGAUUACUUGGAGAUUCAACAAAAAUGGCUGGUGGAAGGAGGAGGAAGCACCAUUUCAGUAGAAUCCAUGCAUUCACUUGUGGUAAAGCUUCAAUGAAAGAUGAACAUUCUCUUAUAGGUGGACCUGGUUUCUCAAGGAAAGUUUAUUGCAAUGAUCCUGAGCGUGUUGAAGCUAGUCUUCAAAAUUAUGGUGAUAAUUAUGUUAGGACUACUAAAUAUACAUUAGCAACUUUUCUACCAAAAUCAUUGUUUGAGCAGUUUAGGAGAGUUGCAAAUUUCUACUUCCUUGUGGUGGCAAUUUUGUCCUUCUUUCCGGUUGCGCCAUACUCGGCGAUCAGCAAUGUUGUUCCUUUAUUGGUUGUGGUUGCUGCUACAAUGGCCAAAGAGUUCAUCGAAGAUUAUAGGCGAAAACAGCAGGAUAUUGAGAUGAAUAACAGAAAGGUUAAGGUACAUCGUGGAAAUGGUGUUUUUGAAACAUCUAAAUGGAGAAAUUUAAGGGUUGGAGACAUAGUGAAGGUGGAAAAGGAUGAAUUUUUCCCUGCUGAUCUCAUCUUACUUUCGUCGAGCUAUGACGACGCGAUUUGCUAUGUUGAGACCAUGAAUCUUGAUGGAGAAACAAAUCUGAAGCUGAAACAAGCACUGGAAACAACUUCAAAGUUGCAGGAAGACUCAAACUACCAAAAUUUCAAGGCUAUUAUCAAAUGUGAAGAUCCAAAUGCGAAUUUGUACACAUUUGUAGGCAGCAUGGAGUAUGAGGAUCAGCAGUAUCCUCUUGCACCUCAGCAGAUACUGCUUCGCGACUCGAAGCUGAGGAACACAGAUUUUGUGUUUGGUGUGGUAAUCUUCACUGGUCAUGAUACAAAGGUUAUGCAGAAUGCAACAGAACCACCAUCAAAAAGAAGCAAAGUUGAGAGAAGAAUGGAUAAGAUUAUCUACUUCUUGUUCUUUGUUUUGAUUUUGCUUUCUUUUAUUGGGUCCAUAUUCUUUGGGAUUUGGACAAACGAAGACAUUGAUGAUGGAAGAAUGAAGAGAUGGUACCUUAGGCCUGAUGAUACCACAGUUUACUUUGAUCCCAAUAAACCAGUGGAAGCUGCACUUCUUCAUUUCUUGACAGCACUUAUGUUGUAUGGUUACUUGAUUCCAAUCUCCCUCUAUGUAUCCAUCGAAAUUGUGAAAGUUCUUCAGAGCAUUUUCAUCAACCAGGAUGUGCACAUGUACUAUCCAGAAACUGAUAGGCCGGCGCAUGCUCGCACAUCGAAUUUGAAUGAGGAACUUGGUCAAGUUGACACCAUCCUUUCGGAUAAAACAGGAACUUUGACUUGCAAUUCUAUGGAGUUCAUCAAGUGUUCUAUAGCCGGCGUUGCUUACGGACGAACAAUUACAGAAGUUGAGAGAGCUCUAUCUAAGAGAAAAGACUCACCAUUUGGACAAAGGUCUAACAACAAUGUUGCAAAGCCAUCCAUUAAAGGCUUUAACUUCACAGAUGAAAGGAUCAUGAAUGGAAAUUGGGUCAAAGAGCCUCAUGCCAAUGUCAUUCACAACUUCCUAACUUUGUUGGCUGUAUGUCAUACUGCAAUACCUGAGGUUGAUGAAGUAACUGGCAAGGUUUCGUACGAAGCUGAAUCGCCGGAUGAGGCAGCUUUUGUGAUUGCAGCCAGAGAACUUGGGUUUGAGUUCUAUGAAAGGACACACACGGCUAUUUCGCUGCGCGAAUUUGAUCCCAGAACAGGCCAGAGAAUUGAAAGGUCCUACAAACUUCUAAAUGUAUUGGAGUUUAGCAGCGCGAGGAAGCGAAUGUCUGUAAUUGUAAGAGAUGAGGAAGGGAAACUACUACUACUUAGCAAAGGCGCCGAUAGUGUCAUGUUUGAAAGACUUGCAAGAAACGGAAGGGAGUAUGAAGAGAAGACUAAGGAACACAUUAGCAUUUAUGCUGAUUCUGGUUUGAGGACCUUGAUACUUGCGUAUCGCGAACUUAAAGAGGAAGAGUACAACCAAUUCAAUAUAGAAUUCACAGAGGCCAAGAACUUAGUGAGUGCAGAUCAAGAGCAAAUUGUAGAGGAAAUAGUAAACAACAUGGAGAAGGAUUUGAUUCUUCUUGGUGCUACUGCUGUUGAAGACAAACUUCAAGAUGGGGUUCCCGAGUGCAUUGACAAACUAGCACAGGCUGGGAUUAAGCUAUGGGUUCUGACUGGGGAUAAAAUGGAGACAGCAAUCAAUAUUGGAUUUGCUUGUAGUUUACUCAGACAAGGGAUGACACAAAUCAUAAUUAGCUCAGACACCCCAGAAACCAAAUCACUGGAAAAAAUGGAGGAUAAGACUGCUUCUGAUGCUGCCAUGAAGGCGAGUGUUCUUCGUCAAAUACAGGAGGGAAAGAAACUACUUUCUAGAUCAGAUGAAAACGCCGAGGCGCUGGCUCUGAUUAUUGAUGGGAAGUCUCUUACUUAUGCAUUGGAGGAUGAUGUCAAGGACUUGUUUCUUGAACUUGCUGUUGGCUGCGCGUCUGUUAUAUGCUGUCGUUCGUCUCCCAAGCAGAAAGCACUUGUCACAAGGUUGGUUAAGAAUAAAACUGGAAGUACAACUCUAGCAAUUGGAGACGGCGCAAACGAUGUUGGAAUGCUUCAAGAAGCAGACAUUGGAAUUGGUAUCAAUGGUGUUGAAGGAAUGCAAGCUGUUAUGUCAAGUGAUAUUGCAAUUGCGCAAUUUCGAUUUUUGGAACGCUUACUUCUUGUGCACGGACACUGGUGUUAUAGAAGGAUCUCAUCCAUGAUAUGUUACUUCUUUUACAAGAAUGUCGCCUUCGGCUUCACUCUGUUCUUCUUUGAGAUGUAUGCCUCAUUCUCAGGACAAGCUGCAUACAAUGACUGGUUCAUGUCACUCUAUAAUGUCUUCUUCACGUCGCUACCGGUGAUUGCGUUGGGAGUGUUCGACCAAGAUGUCUCUUCUAAAAUAUGCCUCAAGUUUCCACUACUAUAUCAAGAAGGUGUGCAAAACAUCCUAUUUAGCUGGAAGCGAAUCGCCGGCUGGAUGUUCAAUGGUGUUGCUAGCUCUGCCAUCAUAUUCUUCUUCUGCAUUAACACAUUGCAGCACCAAGCAUUCAGAAAAGGCGGCCAAGUUGGCGAGAUGGAAGUCCUCGGGGCCACCAUGUACACUUGUGUAGUGUGGGUGGUGAAUUGCCAAAUGGCAUUGUCCAUUAGUUACUUCACUUAUAUUCAACAUAUUUUCAUUUGGGGAAGCAUUGCAUUAUGGUACAUAUUCCUUUUAGCCUAUGGAGCCAUUACUCCAACCAUCUCAACCACUGCCUUUAAGGUCUUCGUCGAAGCUCUGGCCCCGGCUCCAUCUUACUGGAUCAUCACUCUGCUAGUCCUUGUCGCCGCACUCCUUCCAUAUUUCACCUACGCUUCCAUCCAAAUGCGAUUCUUCCCCAUGUUCCAUCAAAUGAUACAAUGGAUAAGAAAAGAUGGACAAACAAAUGAUCCAGAAUACUGUAAUGUGGUGAGGCAGAGAUCAAUAAGACACAACACCGUUGGAUUCACGGCUCGUUUGGAAGCUUCCAAGCGAUUCGAAGGGUCUAGACGCAUGGAAGCAUCCUUCCAUAUAGAAGGGAGAGCUAUGCACCAAUGAUUGCAGACAUUUUUCUUUCUCCCACUUUUUUUUGUAUUGUAAAAUUCAUCCAUGAGGACAUAGAUGUAAAUUUUUUCAUAGGCUUUGAGGUACAACCUUCUUCCAAUUGUACAUAUUUAAGGUAGAGCAAGCGUCUUCCUCGGGGCGCGACACCAGCCCUUUACCUUGGAUUUUGUUCAGAUGAUUAUGAGUUUAUGAUAUAGCUUCUUCAUGAUCAAAGGAAGGUUAUGUUAAAUAAUCAUGUUAGUAAAUUUUGAUGUAUUCUUUCAUUCAUACUAUACUACACUUUGUUCAUUAUUAUUCAGAA